UAUGAAACGUCAUACAAUUCGAAUAACACCUGGGGUAAUGUUAAUUAAGGUGCUUCGUAAACUUUUGGUCGAUAAACAAUAUGUAUUAAACGAUACAAACAUUCCUUUUUUUAAUCCUGCAUAUGUCAUAAAUACUACGCACGAUGGAAUGCAAGUUCCGGUAUGUAUAGGAAAAAAGUUUUUUUAA